AAAGAGAUGCCAAAUAAAUAAAUCAAUCUUCAAGAAAAGAAAAAGGGAAACCAUAAUUAUUCGCGGAACCGAAAGAGUGCCACGUGUGACACUACGCUGGCAACCAGCCAUCGCAUCUUCUCCUUCCUCCGCCAUUCUCUUCCAUCCUCCCCCUCUUCUCUGCUCUCGUCUCCGCUCCCAAAUCCCAUUUCCGUCUUCUUCUUCUUGUUCUCCAAUGGCGAAUUCCCAUUGACGCGACAAUCACGAAAAAAGGGGGGAAAAGGAUUCCUUCCCGCCGACGAAAAGUCCGCGAGAAAAAUUUCCCGCUCUGCUCAGGUACCAUCAGCGCUUUUUCUUGAUUUCCAGAAAAUUUUCGAUUGAGGGUUUUCGUAAAAGGGAAGGAAUUGAUUGUGUUUGCGAUUCGGGUGGAAUCCGUGUUGAAUAUUAAUCGGGCGGCGGCGGCGGCGGUGGGUGGGGUGAAGAGCUGCCACCUCUGCGGGGAGCGCCAUGAAUGGGUUCGGCGGAUUUGAUGAUUUUAGGGACUUCCUCUGUGUUAUUUAUGGUUUUCGCUUUGUGGGGGUGUUGAAAUCGGAAGCUUUUUCCAGUGAGUGAACACUUCCCACCCCCCCUCUUUCCAUGUGUAACCAAGGGAUUGAAUCCCUGAACCAGAAUCAUAAAACUAGUCACCAGAAUUCGAUGGAUACUCCACCUUCAGCCACUAAUUCCACCCCAGGCUCAAACUUUAGCCCCAAUGACGAAACCCAACGAGUCAAAUUCCUGUGUAGCUUCUUGGGCAGCAUAAUGCCUCGCCCGCAAGACGGGAAACUGCGGUAUGUGGGCGGGGAGACCCGGAUUGUGAGCUUGCCUAGGGAGAUUGGGUAUGAGGAGCUUAUGAGCAAGAUGAGGGAGCUAUACGAAGGUGCUGCGCUGUUGAAGUAUCAGCAGCCGGAUGAGGAUCUCGAUGCACUGGUCUCGGUUGUGAAUGAUGAUGAUGUCACCAAUAUGAUGGAGGAGUACGAGAAGCUGGGGUCUGGGGAUGGGUUCACUAGGCUUAGAAUUUUCCUCUUCUCGCAUUCUGAGCAAGAAGGAUCGCCUCAUUUUGUGGAUGGAGAUGAUAGGGAGACCGAGAGGCGGUACGUGGAUGCGUUGAACAAUUUGAAUGAUGUGGUGGAUUUUCGUAGGCAGCAGCAGAUGGAUUCCCCUUUGAUUGACGAGCAGUUUUUCAGCCACAUGAGUCUUGAUGGUGGGAUUCGUGGACACAGGAAUCCUGAUGUGCCAUUGCCUCAGUAUAAUCUUCGACAUGUUGCUGUUCCUCAAAGGUAUAGUGAAAUGGAAGCUACAUGGAGCCCUGCCUAUUAUUCUCCCAGGCAUCAUGGGCAUCAUGACAAUCCGAGAUCAAUGUCAGAGUUUCCGAAUUCACCCCCAUAUCGGAUGCCAUUUGGGGAAAUGCCUGAUAAAAGCAUGGAUAGGGUGCCUGAAGAAUAUGGUCGCCCGCAGAUGAACCAUCAGGUACCUUACUCCGAGAAUGUGAUGUGGAUGCCCGAUAAAGCCGGUUUCCCAGGCAAUUUGAUGCAUGGUCAAGGUGUUAUGGAAGGGAAUAGUGGUGCCUGUGAGCAUUGUCACACCCCUUUUCAGAGAAGCCAGUUGCAUUUGGAGCAGGCUAACAUUGGAAAUGGUCUUCCCCAUGGUGUUAAUUCAUGUAGUGAGUGUGCUCCAAGUAGAGAAGCUUUCUUAGUACAUGGAGAUCCAAACAUGCACCACACCAUACACCCUAAAGAUCAGUAUCUCUCUGGAGCUGGAAGGUUCAAUGAGCAACACUAUCUUGUAGAAGGUCCUGGCAUGAACUAUUCACUUGGUCAUGGGACUUUAGUGGAUGGCCAUCAUGUUUCUUCUAGCUAUGCCCCUCAUCGAGCUGGUCACGACAUGGGGAAUGAAGCAUUUCAUGAUCCAUCUGUACCUCCUGCACAUCACCAGCACGUGCCACCGGACGAUCGUAGCAUCAGAUAUGGGAAUUUUCCUGGUGCUUAUGGAACUGAAACUGUUUAUCAGAUGCCUCUUGGACAUGGUCAUGGGCAGAGUUUAUGGAGAAAUGUUCCGAACCCUAUGCUUGGAGGUCCUUAUGAAGCAGCCAAUGGAGCCUCACAAGUUAAUGGUACAGUUAAUCAGGCAUAUAUCAGAGGUACAGUAGAGGGUGGUCCAAGGGCUGGAGCUAUUGGCAUUGAUCCUCAGCAUGCUUGGUCUGACUCCUCGCAGACCAGGUUGGGUUUUGAUGCCAUGGCUGUCCCAGAUUAUGCUUACACCCCUGCUUUGAAAACUAAUCCAGCUAGUUAUGGGGUGGAAGCUAGGCAUUCAAAUGCUCCUGAAUCUACUCGCCCUCCACUUCCACAUGAAAUGGCAAAUUCAUUUGCUCCGAUAGCUACUGUUGGUCAUAUUCCUGGUGGAUUCAGCAGCACUGUUGUGGUUCCUGAAAUGGCAAAGCAGGAAGAGACAAACAUUGGUGGCACAGAAAUAGAUGCGAGUUAUGCAGAGAAACUGAAUAUGGUUAAUUUAGUUCAUAUUGUCAAUCCGAAUCAAGAGGCGGCUCUGGUGGAUUUGUCCGACCCAAAUAACUCGCGUAGUCAUGCCGGCAGCAAUUUAAUGCCAGUGGGUGAAAAUAAGCCUUCUGUUUGUGUGGGGGAUUCUAAACUAUCUGUCAACCACUUAAGUUACUUACCUGAGUUAAUUGCUUCUGCGAAGAAAGCUGCAUUGGAGGAGGCUGAGGAAGUGAAAGCAAGAGUUGAAGAAAAUGUCUCUCCUUUGAAGGAUAAUGCGGCAUCAAAAGAAGCAACUGUCAAGGAGCCUGAAGCAGUGAAUGGCGUUGAAGAAGUAGAGUUGGAUUCUGAAAGUGAUAAUUCAAACCUCAACAAGAUUGAGCCCACAAAGGCUGAGGCUGAAGCUAUCGAGAAGGGAUUACAGACUAUAAGAAACGAUGAUCUGGAGGAGAUCCGUGAAUUGGGUUCUGGAACUUAUGGAGCUGUUUAUCAUGGGAAAUGGAAGGGUUCUGAUGUGGCUAUCAAGAGAAUAAAAGCUAGUUGUUUUGCUGGAAGACCUUCUGAAAGAGAGCGAUUGAUUGCAGAUUUUUGGAAGGAAGCAUUGAUACUGAGUUCACUACACCAUCCCAAUGUUGUCUCUUUCUAUGGUAUAGUUCGUGAUGGCCCUGAUGGAUCUUUAGCAACCGUAACAGAGUUCAUGGUGAAUGGUUCUUUGAAGCAGUUUUUACAAAAGAAGGACAGAACCAUUGACCGGCGCAAGAGACUCAUCAUAGCAAUGGAUGCUGCAUUUGGCAUGGAGUAUCUGCACGGGAAGAAUAUUGUUCAUUUUGAUUUGAAAUGUGAAAACCUCUUAGUAAAUAUGAGAGAUCCACAACGGCCCAUCUGCAAGAUUGGUGAUUUGGGCUUAUCCAAGGUCAAACAGCAAACACUUGUGUCAGGUGGUGUUCGUGGAACUCUACCUUGGAUGGCCCCUGAGCUUCUGAGUGGGAAAACCCAUAUGGUGACCGAGAAGAUUGAUGUUUAUUCCUUCGGAAUUGUGAUGUGGGAGUUGCUGACUGGAGAAGAACCUUAUACGGAUUUGCAUUGUGCCUCAAUAAUAGGAGGAAUUGUGAACAACACGUUACGUCCCAAAAUCCCAACUUGGUGUGAUCCAGAGUGGAAAUCUUUGAUGGAAAGUUGCUGGGCUUCUGAGCCUGCAGAAAGGCCUUCGUUUUCUGAAAUUUCUCGAAAGCUGAGGACCAUGGCUGCUGCAGUCAACGUGAAAUAAUGGUCCAGUCAUGAAGUAGAUAUUUCUCACUUCUCGACUGGCCUAUUAUGGCUAGAGAGAAAAAAUGGCCCUGUAGUGAACAAAUAGUGAUAAAGCAGAAGAAAAGAAGAAAAAGAAAUAAAAUUUAGAUUUCUGAUAUUGUUAUUAUGCCUUGAAAGUAUCUGCAGGCUUAUGGGAUAGAGAAGAUCGCCCCUUUCAGAACAUGCCCUCCCUUUUCUCUAAUUAUGGAGAGGGUUAAUGAUGCACAAUCAGAAUGUUUUUUUUGCUAUUUUGAAUGUGAUCAUAUAAGCGGUAGUGAAACAUAAUCUAUCUCUGCUACUAUUUGGAAUGAAGGGGGAGAUGUAUAUAUAUCUAUUUAUCUAUAUAUGAUGAUGAUGAUGAUGAAAUCGCCGUGUUUCUUUAGCUUUCUCCAUUCUUGGAGGAGGAGGAAGACGAUGCAUAGCACUUCUCUCUUCACUCUCCAGCACGAGUUUCUCAGAUGGGAUCUUCGCCAGCCAAAUAGCUAGCUGUAUUAGAAAGUAUGCUAUGUUACGUUGGCUUUUAGUCCCUUUGUUUCCUUCCUUUUGGUGGGUUUUUCUGCACACUACUGAGGAACGUUUCCCACAUAAAUUGAACUGCACAAAAUUUGAGGUCAAUGUGUUCUUAUUAUUGUUCUAUUGCUUGCUGUGAUGGAGCACUGUCUAUUUAUGGUGCAAUGAAGUUCAUGCAGAAGUCAGCGGCAGAAAAAGAUCAUGCUGUUGCUGCUAUAAAAGAGAUUGUAGCUUUUUUCUUUACCUCUUUGAUUCUGCUGGUAUGUGAACUAUUUUGAGUGCAUGUUCAAUGGACAAUUUCAUGCGUCUCAUCAUAGACAUCUUGUUACUUGAUUACUCUCUUCAUGAAGCAUGUGUACGUUCCGUUACGCAUAAAUCGUAGAUAAUCUAUGCGUUUAGAGUGUAAGUGAUGCAAGUGGGAGUGUGGGAUUGUCGAUAAUAACGUGUUGACAUUUGGUUUUCAACCUCUACUUGAAGUGUUUUCAUGGUACAGGUGACGAUUGAGCAAUCUAAAGUCAAUGUAGUGUAAAUUUACCAACUCUUUCUGUGGCAUUGAAAGUCAGCGGAGGG